AUGCCUCAGAUACCGAGUCAGCCUGUCGGGUGUCUAGACAGAAAGGAAGAAGGUAAUGAGGUACACGAAACAACUCUGCAGAGAACUCAGGAUAGGAGGCAGGAUAUUAAUGACAACGAACACACCAAGGAAUUGGUCGUAUCGUGGCUGGCGCAAUGUUUCAAGAAUUCUAAUGGAAAACACGAUAUCUGCAACCAAGGCGUCGAUGGCUACAUCCCUACUCGUCUUCUGGAUGUCCGACAUGCUCUAGAGAAGAAUGUAGUGCGCAUCGUCUGCUCCGAUAAAGAGGAUGAGACAUUUACGGGCAUCGAAUACGCAACGUUAAGUUACUGCAGGGGUCCUCAUGCUGCUGAACAAAACCCAAUGCUGGUGACGAACAAUCUUGAAAUUUGCCAGACAAAGGGGUUCAACUGGGACCACCUACCAAAGACAUUCCAAGAUGCCUUCAAAAUCGCGUCUUGGUUGGAGCUGAACUGGAUUUGGAUUGACUCUAUGUGCAUUGUCCAAGAUUCCAAAUCCGACUGGAAAAUCGAGACCAGAAUGAUGGAUCAAAUCUAUAUGGGAGCGAAAAUCAACAUUUCAGCGGAUAUAGGAGUGGACAGUCAGGCAGGCUGCUUUGCACAACGCACAAACACUGAUAUCACUCCGCUCCAAUUGGUGGACCGGAGUCUCGAGAAGGAGUGGGCAGUCACGACAGACGACACAUUUGAAUGGAUGAACUCUGCACCUUCGAUUAGAAGAGCUUGGAUUCACCGUGAGAGACAAACAUCAAGGCGAAUCAUACACUGCACAGCAAAGGAAAUGGUCUGGGAGUGUUGUGGGUUCGACAAUGCCAGAUUUGCCAGUGAGACUAUGCCACAAGGGUCGCCCUUCGAGAAGAUAUUCAACGGAGAGACAAAUUUCCAGACUCAGAUCGCACAUGCCUCAGACAGAAACUUGAGAGGUAGCGAAAGACGGGAAAGGCUACACAUGCUGUGGAACUCUAAUUGCCAAGACUUCACAAACAAAUCUGUUUCACAGACUUCAGACAUGCCUUAUAUACUUUGGGGUAUGGCUUUUCGGUUCCACACCUUGUUUAGAGGCGAGGAAUACGGUUGUGGACAUUGGCGAUCUAACCUGGCUGAGUCACUUACCUGGUGGAUACCCGGCGUGAAGCCAGAGUGCGAGGACUACCUGGCACCUUCAUGGUCCUGGUUGAGCGCUGGAUGUCCGGUGCAACUAGUUCAUCUAGAUCUCCGACGUCAUAAACGGGCCGUCGUCGAUAUACUCUCUAUAUCCAGGGGCUUUGAGUCAUACCUCGAUGACGGCUUCGGUAAACAUGCCUUCGGGUCUAUGUCUGUCAACGGCUUCUUACGCAAGGUCCGUUUUGACUAUAAGGGGCCACAAGAAGAUGUUAUCACUUUGAGUGUCGUCGAGGAGGAUGAACAUGGCAACCCUCGCAUCCGCAGCAUCGGUCGAAACAUAAAUCUCAAUCGUGAUCUGUUAUUUCGUUUAACAAUGGACCGAUAUGAGAAGCUGCCUUCUCGGGGAUUAGAAUGCUACGCCCUGUUCACAACGUUGCAUGAAUCCGCAAAGGACGAAGCCGAGUGUCAGCGACAACUUGCUUGUAUCUUACUGGAGCACGACUCGGUUAUUCACAACGGACCUUAUCAGUACCAUACGUACAAGAGGAUCGGUACAAUAGAUGAGAUAAGCGAUUUGUACAGUCUCAAACUUCGUUAUCGGGUCGCACCGUCGGCGAAGAUCCUGGAGGUUGGUGUGUUACAAGACGAUAUAUGGGCUUUGCUUUCACAGUACCUUAGCUGCAUCCGACGGACCGUCAUCCGCGAGUUCAUGGAGAGUGGAAUACCAGAUUCAAGUGGAUACUCGACCUGUGAGCAGUCAGAGACAGAUGAGAGCGAAUGGGACGAAUGUUCCUUGCAGUCACGACCAGAGAGUACAACAGGGGUCAUUAACAAAAAAGACGAGGAAGAUGUACGAUCCGUGUCUUCUGAGAUCUUCAACGAGAGUAAAGAUUUACCACAGGAUAUGAACGCCACCAGUGGACAAGAGCAAGUUGAUGAUGUGGCACGAAGGCACCGCCUACAACUGCUUGACUUGCGUAACAUAAUCAUGCAAAUUCAUGACCACCCAUCCUCAGGUCUUAGACCCAUCAGUGACGGAGAGAACAAUGACGAAGCUUCGAACCACCUGCAGCAAUUAAUUUCGUUUCAAUCACAAACGGUGGCCUAUGGUAACAACAUUAAGGAAGAUCCAAAAUGUGUCAUGUAUCAGUUUGAUGACGUACUGGAUAUGUGGCAGAAACAAUAUGGCGUAGUGCCCUGGUUGGAAGAGCUGGAGACUUCUGAAUUCAAAAUAGUUUGA